GAAAUGGGUAAAAAGCAGCAUCAGGGAGAUAAAACAUAUGUCAGCGCCAAUGAAUAUGCAUGGUAUUUUGGUGGCAAAAAUGCAGAAAAACUCCAAGCUGCCAAAGGAAUGGGUUUCAGGAGAUUGCCUUUCGAUCAUUGUGCGCUUUCAAUGCAGCCAUUUACUACGCCAUUUGCUACUAGGGAUGGCUAUGUAUUUGAAAUUUCCUCGAUACUGCCCUUCUUAAAGAGAAACGGUCAGAACCCAGUAACCGGAAAGAAGUUGUCAUCAGAGAGAAUGGGAAAAUGUACAGUGUCAUCAGCUCUACUCGAGGGGUUUUCUUGGGCCAAAGCAGAGAACCAGGACCAAGUCCGAGUUUGGUCCCAGGAUCUGAUAGCACUUCACUUUUCGAAGAACAAGAAGGAUCAAUAUCACUGUCCAAUAACAUACAAAGUGUUCACCAAUUCCUCUUUCAUCGUGGCAAUAGCAACUUCUGGAAAUGUGUACAGUAUGGAGGCAGUGAAUGAGCUGAACUUGAAACAGAAGAACAUGAAAGAUUUAAUCGAUGACUCGUCAUUCAAGAAAAGCAACAUUAUUACGAUACAGGACCCCAACAACGUGGACAAAUACAACAUCAACAAUUUCUACUUUGUGAAAAAUGCGGAAGAAGUUGAUGAAGGGGGCAAGUCGAACGAAGACAUGUUGCGAAACUUGAACAGAUCAGCUGUGAAUUCAACUGCCAACCACGUCAUAGCCGAGCUGGAUAAAUCGUUUUCUCAGAAAAGGGAAGAGUUCGCCCAAAAGGUAUUGAACGAAGAGACACCCAAAAACAUUGUUUCUGGAGCAGUUUCCAAAUUGGACAAGAAGAAAGAUUCACAGAAAGGUCAAUUGGUUGACAAACUGAACUCGGCCCACUACUCCACGGGCAGGGUGGCGGCGUCUCUCACUUCGACUGCCUUUGAUGUGAGCACAAAGCAACAGUCCGAGAUCCUGGACGAGUACACUGUCAAGUACAAGUACGUGAAGAAAAAAGGAUAUGCUAGACUGGUCACCAAUUAUGGCGAUCUCAACCUGGAACUGUUCUGCCAGGAUGUACCGAAGACGUGUGAGAAUUUCAUGAAGCAUUUGGUGAGUGGAUACUACAAAAACACCAUCUUCCACAGACUCAUCAAGCACUUUGUGCUACAGGGAGGGGACCCCACGGGCACAGGCACAGGGGGUCAGUCUAGCUUCCCAGGUGGAGAACCAUUUGCAGACGAGUUCAAGCCUAACCUGACUCAUUCUGCGCGUGGAACUCUGUCGAUGGCGAACUCUGGCCCAGAUUCCAACAAGUCCCAGUUCUUCGUCACCUUCAGACCCUGUCAGAACCUGGACGGGAAACACACUGUGUUCGGCAAACUUGUCGGGGGUAUGGACACCCUUAGCAAGAUAGAACAGGUGAAAACAGAUAGCAAAGACAAGCCAUUGGAUGAUGGAGUGCGUAUACUGGACACAGUGGUGUUUGUGAACCCGUUUGAGGAGGCGGAAGCCCUGAUUGAGAAAAUGAGGAAUGAAGAGAAGAGGACUGAAGAUGAGAAAAAGGUGAAAGAAGAGCGAGAGCAGCGAAAACAGCAGCAGCUGGUCAAAUACAAGACGUCUGGAGUGGGACAGUAUUUGAACAUAUCAAAGUUAAAACGAGACUUCAGCUCGCAAGAGCCCAAAUCCAGUCAGUCGAAAGUUGGAUCAUCCGAUAUAUCUAAAAGCAAUAUUACUUCAGUACUUAGUGAAGAAACGCAGUUCAAAUUGGCAGCUAAAAAGCAGAAAUUGGGAAGCAACGUUUCACGAACAUUUGGGAAUUCUGGGUUUUCAGCGUGGUAGAUCCAAUAGUUGCUGUAAAGCAGUCUGAAUCCUUGAUGCUGCCCUUUCUGCUGUUUGGCAGUUUGCUUUUUGCUCUCCAAGACCACGUCCACGUUAAAGGCGAAAAAGUGGGCUCAGGAAAAUAAAAAACUAGAAAAAACUGAAAUCGUCUUUAGACUUAGUUGUAUAUUCACUUUAUGAUAUUGUGAAAAAUAUGGGAAUCCUGCAUUGCUGAAAUGAUCGACUGAAGUUUUGUUGCGCUGGCUAAUUUUGUGAAACCUUUACGAUCUUUUUCAGACUGUGAGAUGAUACGACAAUAUAUGAUAGUAUAGGUGUUUUGACUGUUUGGCCGGCAAAACAAUACAAACUAUUUGAAGUCGGUGAA